UCUUGAAGCACGGUCUGCGUCCCCACACGGGAUUUUCAUUUUGCAGUUCUGUCGUGUACUCUUCUCCUACCUAAGUGAGCUCUUUCAGAGCAUUCUCAUCGGAUGCUCCAAACUACGACUGACAGAAGGCCAACGCAAUCCCAAACAUCAAGUAAAGACGUGAAAGAUAAGGAGAGGAAAUCCAGGCCACGACGAGGUACCAACAACCAACCAAAGAAAUUGAGGAUGCGGUGUCCGGUGAAAGAGGACGAUGACUGGCUCUGAUGAGACCACCUCACCACCCCAGGCAAAGCAAAGGAGGGAAAUGGCCAGACGUCACGCUUAGGUCACUGUAGAAGAUCUUCACCCGGAGAAGCACAAUCCCCUCCAAGUUAAACAGGAGGAGGAGCCCGAGAUGCCGUACAUCAAUCAGGAGGCGGCGCCAGAGACCGUCUACAUUAAAGAAGAAGAACAGGAUGAUGAAAUUCCCAAGUUUCCAGUGACUUUCAGUGUGAACAGUGAAGAAGAUGAAGGUCCUUGUGGAGCAGCGAAACAAUCGAGCGACGGGUUGUUUCAAUAUCUGACAACAAAAGAAGAGGGACAGUCGCAACUGGACGAGCUGUUAGCUCCAUUUUUGGACAGCGACGACAUUACAUCAGACUCAGACUUUAACACUGAUGAAGAGGAUGAUAACUUUGACAACAAUGCUUUGAAAUCCUUCAACGAGCCAUCUUUGAAAAGCGACACAAAAGACGGCGCAGGCCAGCCUGGCGAGGACAGUGACGAAGGUGGGAAUUGGGAGGAGGAUGUGGAUGACGACGAAAGUCAAAAUGAGGAGCAGGAAGAGGAGGAGGAGCACGCUCAAGGGGACGACGACGAACGAUUAUGGAGGUCCAUAAACAAAAAAAUAAUUUGGUCUCCCACCCACGAGAUGUCCCGGGAUUUUGUCCCGCCGACACUUCCCUCUCCCGGACCGACGAAGUACGCGAUCUCUAGAAUUAGCAGCCCAAUCACGGCAUUUGAUUUAUUUUUUCCCGACAAUAUCAUGGAUCACAUUUUGAAAAUGACGAACCUGCAAGGGUGCAGGGCUAUUACGGGCUGGACCAAGCUAACCGCGCAGGAGCUGCGUGCGUAUUUAGGACUGCUCAUUCUUGCAGGGAUGUACCGGUCCAGAAACGAAUCAACGCUCAGCCUGUGGGACAAAGACCUCGGCAGACCGAUCUUUGUCCAAACAAUGUCGCACGGCAGAUUUGGCCAGAUAAACCGUGCGCUAAGGUUCGAUGACAAGCUGCUCCGGCCACGACGUCACCACAGUGACAAGCUCUCGCCCAUUAGUGACAUCUGGAUCAAGUGGAAUGACAUCCUCCCCAAGCUCUACAGCCCUGGAAGAGACAUUUGCGUGGACGAGCAGAUGGUGUCAUUCAGAGGCCGCUGCUCGUUCAAGCAGUAUAUGCCAUCCAAGUCGGUGAAAUAUGGAAUCAAGGUGUGGGCGCUUUGUGACGUGGAGACUUCCUAUGCGUUGAAACUGGAGGUAUACACGGGAAAGCCUCCAGGGGACACGCGCACCUCAAAUGUGGGCAUGGGCGUGGUGCUGCGCCUGUGUGAUUCUUUCGAAGGGCACACUGUCACGACCGACAACUUCUUCACUUCUUUCCCACUGGCCGAAGAAUUGAAAAAGAAAAAAAUUGCAUUGGUCGGCACCCUGAGAAAGAACAAAGGGGAGCUUCCUCCAGCACUCCUUAGAAUAACCUGCAGGCAGCCACUCUCAAGCUUGUUUGCAUUCACAAAAAAUAUGGCCCUCGUGUCAUAUGUCCCGAAAAGAGCGGAAAAUUUUCUGGUGCUGAGUACGAGGCACCGCACGCCAGAUGUUCCAGAGGGAGCACUCAAGAAGCCACAAAUUAUUCUGGACUACAAUAGAUGCAAAGGAGCGGUUGACCACUUGGACCAGGUCUGUGGAGCUUACUCCUGUCGUCGGCGGGCACUGAGGUGGCCCAUGUGUCUGUUCCACUACAUGGUGGACAUUUCUGCCUACAACGCUUUUGUGUUGUUCAGUAAUGUGAAGCCGGAUUGGAGCCGCGCAAAGCUGUUUCGGCGACGGCUGUUUUUACUGGAGGUGGCCAAGGCCCUGGUCACGCCAGAAAUCACACGCAGACAGAGGUGGAGGUCAGAGCAGCGAGUAGAAAGCCUGGCUGACCAGCCAGCUGUGGCUCCACUGCCAGGUCCAGCAACACAUGUGGCCCCACCAAAGCCCCAUCUGAAGCGGAAGCAGUGUGGGCUGUGCACUGAGAAAUUGCAGGCUUCACACUCAUGUGUGAAGUGUGGUGUUGCUAUAUGCAACAAACAUACAAAGAGGGCAUGUUGGAAUUGUUAGUAGUUUAUUAUUAUAGUAGUUAGUGGUUUAUUGUUCCUAUUGUUGUUGUUAUUUUGAAUAAAUUUUUCCAUUUGUAUUAAAAAAAUGACUGAGUUAUCACCCUUAAAAGUAGCAAUUACAUAUUAUGUAAAUUCAACACACAAAGGGUAUUUUCAGUGUUCUAUGCAUAUUUUUGUUGUUGUGACUUAUUGCCUUUUUCAAAGCUCCAAUUAUGUCAUAUGACAUAUUUGAAAUUACUUUAUUUUUAUAUAUAAAUUAGAGCUGUCAAAUGUAUUGCAUUAACGGGCGGUAAUUUUAAAAAUUAAUCACGUUAAAAUAUUUGACGCAGUUAACGCAUGCACGGAAUGACCCGUUCAUGCGUUGCUUCAUACAGUUUACAAUGACGCCGUUUUAGCACACUGAGAGCGAAAAGGCAGAGAAAUGCGAGUGGACACAGGCGUUCAUUGGACCGCGCGUUUUAUUGGCUUAAUCUUUGACAGCUACGACUAACAGUCAUGGUUGCCCAACUUCCCAUCAUGCAUUUGGGCGAAGCAGGAAACAUUCUCUUUCUUAACAUGCCUAAUUGAACCAAACGCAGAACAUACUGUAUAUCAUUUGCAGCCACCACUGACAGUCAUGGUUGCCCAACUUCCCAUCAUGCAUUUGGGCAGAGCAGGAGAAGUUCUUAAUAUAAAAUUACUAUAACUUGUACUCAAAUUUAUCUUUUAAGAACUACAAGUUAUUAUAUAUUAUAUAUUAUAAGUUAUUAUUAGUUACUAUAC